UGCCCAGGAUAUUCAUACCUGCCAUAUUCACCUUCAGCCUGAGAUCCUGCUCCCCAGCUCCUCUGCAUCCUGAGACUGCUGGUACCCAAAGGCCAACUGCACUCAGGAGACCCACAUCUGGAUCAUGAACGGGGACCCUUAGAAUGCACAGAAGAGGAAACACUUUGAAAUCCUCCUGACAGGGAGGCUGGGCUCCGAGGGACCUGGUGAAUCCUUGUGUGGCUCCUGGCUCUUUUUAGGAUCAGUUCCACUGGCCUAAGGCUAGAGAUGGCCACUUUAUCCUAUCACGCAGCAGCUGGAAGCCAGGUGGAGUCCAGAUGUAAGACAUCAACAGGCCAGGGGGAAAGACCAAGCAACAGCCAAGGCCAGGAGGAUAAUUUCAAGCAGAGCCAGGGAACGUCCACACUGCGGCUCCUCCUCCUCGGGAAACAUGGCGCAGGCAAAAGCGCCACAGGAAACACCAUUCUGGGCAAAGCCGUGUUCAAGUCCAAGUUCAGUUAUCACAUGGUAACCAACAGGUGCCAGACUGGGAGUGUGUCGGUGAGAGGGAAGCAGGUCAUGGUCAUCGAUACCCCAGAUUUUUUCUCCUCGUUGGCUUGUACCGAGUUUAGGCAGCAGAGCCUGCAGCAGUGCUUGGAGCUCUCAGCUGAUGGUCUCCAUGCGCUGCUCUUCGUCACUCCCAUUGGCCACUAUACAGAAGAGGACAGGGAGACCAUUGAGGGCAUCCAGAAUAAGUUUGGCCCUAAUGCCUACAGACACAUGAUUGUGGUCUUCACUCAGGAAGAUGAGCUGGGUGAAGAUUCGCUGCAGGACUACAUCAAAAGUAAGAUGCCUCUUAAGGAAUUGCUUCAAAAUGUUGGGAAUCGAUAUUGCACCUUUAACAACAAGGCAGACAAGGAGCAGAAGAAGCUGCAAGUGCUCUGGCUUCUGAAUGUGAUUGAAGGAUUGAUAGCGGAAAGCAUUCAGCCAUAUUUUGUGCCCUGGAGGAUGGAUGGCAGUGAAAUCCAGGGUUGUGGGAAUAGAGCGGCAUAUGAAGAAGGAGACCAUCUGUGUGGUCCAAAGAAGAGGCAGUCUCCGAUCACAGGACCGGAUCAGGAUGUAGAGAUGCCAGAGCUGAGGGUCCUCCUUAUGGGGAAGCGUGGUGCUGGGAAAAGUGCAGCAGGAAACAGAAUCCUGGGGAAGCGGGUGUUUAAGACUCAAUACAGUGAGCAGCAGCAGGUCACCCAGACCUUUACCUCCUCCAGCAGGAUCUGGAAUGGGAAGAAAGUUCUGAUCAUUGAUUCUCCAGACAUCUAUUCUUGGAAGUUUUAUGAGUCUGUUGCGAAGACACACAUCUUUCCAGGUCCCCAUGCCUUCUUGCUGGUGACACCACUGGGCUCUUCCAUAAAGAGUGAUGAUGAUGUGUUUGAUAUCAUCAAACGUAUUUUUGGAGAAAAAUUCACAAAGUUCACAAUUAUUCUCUUUAACAGAAAAGAAGAUCUUGAGGAUCAGGAUCUAGAUACAUUCAUAGAGAAAAACCAUGCUCUCAAAAAUUUGAUCCGGAAAUUUGAAGAUAGAUACACAGCUUUCAACUACCAGGCAUCUGUGGAAGAGGGGCAGAGCCAGGUGUACAAACUCCUGGACCAAGUAGAGAGGAUGGUGCAGGCCAAAGAAAACAAGCCUUGCAUCUUACGAGAAAGAGAACUCUUAAACAUCAUCCUUUUGGGAAGGAGUGGAACUGGAAAGAGUGCAACUGGGAACACUAUCCUGGGGAAACAUGCCUUCCGCUCUCAGCUCAGCGCUCAGCCAGUCACCAGUAGAAGCCAGAGCGACAGGACGACAGUUGACUGGCAGGAUAUCGUGGUUGUAGACACUCCAUCAUUUUCCCAGUUGCCUGGUAUUCAAAUGGAUCCUUCCAGAUUAAAGGGGGAGGUCAACAGCUGUUUGUCUCUCUGUGAAGAAGGCAUGAAGAUUUUUGUCCUGGUGCUCCAGUUGGGAAGGUUCACCCAGGAAGAUGAAGCAGCAGUGCAGCAACUGGAGGCCAUUUUUGAGGGAAAAAUUGAAAGACAUAUGAUUGUUCUGUUUACACGGAAGGAAGAUCUAGGGGAUGGGACCCUUCAUGAAUAUACUAACCACACAAAUAACAAAGCCCUUAGAAGAAUACUUAACAAGUGCAAGGGGCGAGUUUGUGCUUUUAAUAACAAAGAAACUGGUCAAGAGCGGGAGACCCAAGUGAAAGAUCUGUUGAAAAUAGCCAAUGAUCUCAGGGAAAACUGUGAUGAGCAUUCGUGUUCAUGGAUGACUUUGGGCUGUCAACUAAAAACAACCCUAACCAACAAAUUUCUAGGGCAUUGA